AUGGAAGACAGCUCUCCACAUUCCUUUGGGCUUGGUGUAUAUCAUAAUCAUAAAGUGACUCUUGUUAAUGAUACAAUCCCCAGGGCUAAAAGGCCCUUAGACUUGCUGGAGGAGGAUGAGCCCCUGCAAUCAGAUGCUAAGAAACGGCGCCACUUAAGUAAUUAUUGUAGCACUCCAUGUCCAUCAAAGAAACUAUCACUGUGCUCCCCAGAUUCUGCCUGCUUCCUAGGCUCCUCUGGCUGUCUGGAUGAUACUGAGCUGGAGAACAUUGUCAUCAGAGUUAGUCUUCCAGAAGACAGUGUGGUAGCCCUUUCUGUGAAUACAGCCAGAUGUUUUGAUGAUAGUGAGCCAGAUGACUCUUUGCUGGAACCCUCAGAUGAUGAACAAGGGAACUCUCCCUUCAAUUACACUGAGGAAGAGUGUAGGGAAAUGUUAGCAGACGAUUGCUUAGGAGAUGACCAGAACUCCUCUGGAGAGAGUGCUUUAGUGAAUCAAGAUGUAUGGGGACAAAGUGAGAAGGAAGUGAGUAGCAACUGUAAUUUGGCAUCAGCCCCCCCUGAAGGCACAGAGACAUCAUUCAGGACCAUAGAUGAGUUAGUAAGUAACGAGUCUCUAUCUCAGACUGGCUCUUCAGUUAAUCCUGGAUAUUUUCAGAUUCUUGAGGAUGAAACAGCUAAUUCUGAGGGUGAAGAAUGCUUGAAUGUGGACUGCUUGAAAUCAAAUCAAGUCACUUGUACACUUGACUGUGAUCUUCAGGGGCCUCUAAAUCUUUCCCCAACUGAUGCAGAUUCAGUAGAUCAGCCAAAAGGGGAUGAUGGCUUGGAGGAAACUGGUGAAAAAGCUUCACAAGUAAUAAGAGAUGACCAUCUGCAAAAUGCAAGCAAACAAAGUAUAGAGUAUGAUGAAAUCAGUUCUAAUAGCUUGGUUGUUGAAGAGUCCUUUGAGUGCCUGGCUUCUAAAGAGCACCACAGUGGGGGCCUGGAUAGUGUGGAAAAGCUGCCAUCAGAAAUCAAAGAAUCAUCUCCCUUCUCUGAUGCACACAUUAAAACUUCUACGUACUCUCCUGACCCUGCCUGUGGUCAAAGUAAGGACAAAGUGGAGAAUCCAGCACCUGUCCUGCUACUGCAUCCGAAAACCUCUAAUGUUAUCUUAAAUCAGGACCCUUCCAGAGGAACAGACAAUGGAUUAUCAGGGACCUUUGGCUCCCAAAAGGAAGAUUUGAGCCAGCAAUCCACAUCUGUUGAAGAAUCGUCAGACAAUCUUAAAUUAAACUCUGUAGUGUUAGACCAGAACUGUGGGGAAGACCGUACCUGUGGGAAGAAGCUAGGCAAAGUCAUUCCUGUGCCACAGGUGGAAGAAAGACCAAAACAACGGAUAUGCAUUUCCGAAGCAGAACUUGAGCAAAAGAAGCGUAUUUAUAUCCAAUGUGUGUGUGCCCAUGUAAAGAAUUCCACGGAUCCUACACCAGAUGCAUUAAAUGAGUUGUACGCUCUGAUGAAUAAGGUUGCCAGCAGGGAGUACCGAACCCAGGACCGCAGAUGGCAGCAUCCAUCAGACCUCACCAUGAGAAAAUACCCAAGGUUCUCCAAGAAACCCACCCAAAAGUGCAGCCUUAAGCAAUGGGUGAGCCGGAACUUGGCCCACCACCGUCGCUUCCAGGACAUUCCUGACCACUUCCAGCGUAGCUCUGUCACAGCAUCCUCCAAUGUCUGA